AUGGGAUCCUCCUUCAGUUGCUGCGGCUCAGAGAAGGUCGAAGAAGUGCCAACAUCAUUUGGUGCAGUUAACAAUUCGUGGAAAAUAUUCACAUACAAGGAGUUGCAUGCAGCUACCAACGGAUUUAGUGAAGAUAAUAAGCUUGGUGAAGGUGGGUUUGGAAGCGUCUAUUGGGGAAGAACCAGUGAUGGUCUUCAGAUAGCAGUGAAGAAACUGAAAUCAAUGAACUCGAAGGCAGAGAUGGAAUUUGCAGUAGAAGUUGAAGUUCUUGGAAGGGUUAGGCACAAAAAUUUACUGGGUCUUAGGGGCUACUUUGUUGGGGAUGAUCAACGGCUUAUAGUCUACGAUUACAUGCCAAAUCUUAGCCUGCUUUCUCAUCUCCACGGCCAGUUUGCUGUUGAAGUGCAACUCAAUUGGCAAAGGAGAAUGAAGAUUGCAAUUGGCUCUGCAGAAGGCCUUCUGUACUUGCACCAUGAGGUCACACCUCACAUCAUCCAUAGGGACAUCAAGGCAAGUAAUGUACUUCUGAACUCAGAAUUUGAACCUCUAGUAGCUGAUUUUGGGUUUGCAAAGUUAAUACCAGAAGGAGUUAGCCACAUGACUACCCGUGUAAAGGGUACCUUGGGAUACUUAGCACCUGAAUAUGCCAUGUGGGGAAAGGUCUCUGAAAGUUGUGAUGUCUAUAGCUUUGGAAUUCUUCUAUUAGAGCUUGUAACUGGUAGAAAGCCCAUAGAAAAGCUUCCAGGUGGGGUUAAGAGAACAAUAACUGAGUGGGCUGAACCUUUGAUAACCAAAGGAAAGUUCAGGGAUUUGGUUGAUCCAAAACUAAGAGGGAACUUUGAUGAAAAUCAAGUCAAACAAGCAAUCAAUGUGGCUGCUCUUUGUGUACAAAGUGAGCCUGAGAAGCGACCAAACAUGAAGCAAGUGGUUAACCUUCUUAAAGGAUAUGAAUCUGAUGGCAAAGUGACGACAAUGAGGAUAGAUAGUAUCAAGUAUAAUGAAGAACUAUUGGCACUUGACCAACCUAGCGAAGAUGAUGAUGAGGGAACCUCUAGCUACGGUGUUUUCAGUGCCAUUGAGGUUCAAAAGCUAUGA